AUGUCCAAGCGCUCACACACUCCAUCAAAACUGCCCGUAACAAUCCUCACAGGAUUUCUCGGAAGUGGUAAAACAACGCUGUUGAAUCAUUUGUUAACGGAAAACCACGGCAAGAAAUUCGCUAUCAUAGAAAACGAGUUUGGAGAAGUCGGUGUGGAUGACCAUCUCAUUCGCCAAGUCACUAGUCCAGAUGACAUUGGUGGAGGCGACUCGAGAAGCCGCAAAUUCAAUAUGGGUGAAGAGAUUCUUACGAUGAACAAUGGGUGUAUCUGCUGCUCUGUUCGAGGCGACCUCGUUCGCCUGAUUGCUCAGAUUGUAAAGCGCAAUGGAGAUCGCGACCAGCUGGAUGGAAUUAUCAUCGAGACCACCGGUAUGGCCGAUCCAGGUCCCGUUGUGCAAACGUUCUUCGCCGAACCUUUGGUGGCGGCGACGUGCGAACUUGACGGGAUUAUCACUGUUGUCGAUGCAAAACACAUUCUGCAGCACCUUCGACCGGGCAACGGUGUAGAAUUUGAGUGUGAGGAACAGAUUGCCUUUGCAGACCGCCUCCUGCUCAACAAGACGGAUUUGGUGAGCUCAAACGAGCUCGCUAAGGUUCAUAAUCAAAUUCGUGAGAUAAACAGUGCUGUGUCAGUCAUCGAAUGUCAGCAUUGUCGCGUGGAUCCGUCGCUAUUGCUUAACGUCAAGACGUUUGAUAUUGACUUCAUCUUGAAGAGACAGCCAAAUUUUUUAGUGUCUGACAAAGAUGACGCUGGUGAACAUAGCCAGCAUUCUAAUCAUGACCAUGAAGAUGAAGAAAAAGACCACAUCAGCAAACACCAACACAAACAUUCACUCGUAUCCUCAGUCGGGCUCUGUUUACAAGAACCUAUUCUGGUUGCGCUGUUAGAAGAAUGGAUUGAUGAGAUCCUGGAGACGGAAGGGGACGAUCUCCUGCGCUACAAGGGCGUAAUAAAUAUCGCUGGUAUCGACCGGAAAUACAUUUUUCAGGGCGUACACACGCUGUUCAAGGGUCGAUUCGCCGACAAUUGGUCCCCAAACGAGAAGCGCGAGACGCGCUUUGUUUUCAUUGGCAAAAAUCUUGAUCGUGAAGCGUUGACCGAGGGAUUUCUAGCUUGUCGAGCCACAAACAAGCUAAGGUUUCAAGUGGGAGACCGAGUGAUGGCCAACACUGGCGAAGAUGGUUUCCAAGUUGGCACAAUCGUUCAGCUAUGGGAUCAGGGUAAUCCAUACGCUAUUCAACUUGACAACGAUCGUAAGAUUUGGGCUCCCGUUGACGAGGACGAACUUGUAAAAGCACUAGAGCUUUUUGAUGACAACACCAGGCGACCGGUGACUAUGGUUUACACGUUGGCGUAG